GCUAGCUCAGCAGCACCUUCGGCUCAGUGUCUCUCUCGCACUGCUUCUGAAAGCAACUCUUGGAUUACAAAGGAAACUCACAAUGGGGAGCAGCAUGUCGUGCUUUUCCCAUCCAAACUACAGGUUCAAAUAUUCAAGUAAGGGCUUCAUACGAAAGAAAAGUAAUGGACUGUUUCGUAAGAAAUAUCCCCAGGAAGGACAAGUGAAGUCCAACAGCAUUGUCAACAUACUGUGCUAUAUUUCACCUAAAAAGGAUAUGUCUACUAAAGACCUGCAAAAAAUAGAAAGCAUUAACUGGGACCAGAAGCUUGCGUAUGAUCCGAACAACGGGUGGAAAAAGAGCAGCACGAGUGUGAAGAAUUUGGGGAAAAUGAUCUUCAGCUCCCCAGUCAGGUUCCGAUUCCUGCACUGUCAGGACAUACAUGACUGCUAUUUGGACUUAUUCCAGACACACCUUCAUUUUCUAUCAAACAACUUCACUGGCUUAACCUAUCAGGGAACGUUGCCCCUGAAGGAGAUCAACGUGUGCAGAAGUGAGAGAGAUGAUGAACACGCCUUUCAAAUAGCAGGUUCGUGCUUAAACCCCAUUGUAGUCUACUGCCACAGCGAAGAAGAGCUCCAGACAUGGCUCACACAACUUAAGAAGCAGGUUGAGCUGAAUGGAGGGAGUUUUACUCCAGCAGAAACAAAAACCUACGCAAGGCUUAAGAAUGUGAAAGAGCAUGGUAAAGAGAAAGAGGAACUGAGGAAGUCUGUGGAAAAUGAGAUGAUCUACGAAUGGGAAGGAUCACAAAGAGAAUCUUUAGGCCAAACCACCUUUGUGACAAAGACCAAGAUGCAGCAUUUACCAUGCCAGGAUCAGUAUGAUCGACUCCUGGUCCUGUACCCUGCAACUCUCAUUAUCCUGUCUGACGAAGACGGUGGACUUUUCUACAAGGGUAAACUUCCUCUCAACGCGAUAACAGUAUCAACACGCAACAAUGACGACAAGCCUAACACAUUCAUGAUUGAAGGCAAACUUAUUAAUCCUAUAAUAGUAACAUGCUUGGAUCAGUGCGAUUACCAGGACUGGCUACGACAUCUACGUGCUUUAGAGGUUGCAGUGGAAGGGCCUUCAGCAAAUGUUUAUGACGUCAUCUACACACCCACUGAAAAAGAGCCUCCUCGAGACAGCAGAGCUUCAGUUCAGUCCAAGUGGGGGAGUACUGGCCAAGUUCAGACUCAGAAUAGUCAUAGCUGGUCUCAGCAGCAGCAGCCACCGCCACACAGAGACUCUGGAAGAGGCAGGAGCUCCUUCGAUUUCCCCAUUGAAGACCAUGAGGACCAGCUUCUGUCACCCGAAUAUGCAAAACCUUUCUGCUACAUUUCAAGUCGGCCCGCCUCCACCGACAUGCAGCAAACACUUGGAUUAAGUGGAAGAAGCAGCACCCAGUCAUCAAAUGUAAAAUCUAUCAUGGAGAUCCACCCGCCCCCUGCUAGGUACUCUGUUCCAGACAGAGACUCCUAUGCCUCCAUUGAAGACCCCCUGUCUCCUGUCUAUAACGUGCCAUACAGCUCUCUGCAACUGGAGCAUCCUGCAGAUGAUGUGAGCAAGCUACCACUUAUAAAGUCUAAUAGCUGGAGCACACCUCAGUCGUCCAUCCAAAACCAUCAGUCUUCUGUCCUACAAAGAUAUUCUGAUAUGUGUGCACCAAGAAAGCCACUGACCCCUCUAUAUGACGAUCCGUAUACACCAAACGAAUGGCUUGACAAAGACACCAGCCUGGAACCCGAAUGUUCAGACAACCACAAGCAUCCAGCACUCUCCACACUGGACAGCGAUUACGCAUUACCUAGGUCCUUCAAACUGUCCACCCCUCCCUUAGGAAAGAGGAAAAGGAGCCCACCCUUAAUAAAACAAGAAGCACAAACUGAACCGUUAUCAAGACAGGACUGCACCAGAGACCACUCGACAGUGAAGCUCCUGCCUGCACCUCCAGCACUGCAUGGCCGUAACACAGAAAAAAGCUACUCAUUGGAAAACACUGAGAUUUCUACGAGUCGUUUAAAAGAUGACACCUCUGGGCACAAUGUGAUUAUACAUCUUAUUGAAAGCUACAGAGAAAGCCAGGCGGCGCACACUAACCUGGAUCCCACGGAGGAGCAAGAUGAUCUAGAUUAUGACAACAUUUGGGACUCUGACUCUCAGGAGAAAAUGAUUCAUCCACCCCACCAUUGAUCUGUUCAUGGGAGACGUCAGCACAAAGUCAACACAAAAGAGACGAUCGCACUACCGUGUAUCAAGCCUAAGUAUAAACUGCACCACGGGCGCGUACGCUCGUAAAUUAAAAAGAAAAACACACACAAAAAAACCCAAAACAAGUAAAAUACUUUAAUGAGUAACCGCUUAACCCAUUUGGGUUUUCCUGAAGUUGUCUGUCCGAGAGCAAUGUAAUUAUGAAUCAAUAGACCUUCCAGCAGCUGCUGUACAGCACCACACCCUUUUUAUGGUAUGAAUUAGUUAUCGUUGUGCUAAAGGAUCCAGAUGAUUACAAUUCAGGGGAGUCAGUGGAGGUGCGGGGAACAGACGUUUCCAGAGGUACAGGAGUAAAAGCAACGGUCUCAUAAGGCCCUUGUCAGUGCAUGGCGCUCAGAAGGAGUACGCUGAAAACACACUGAGAUGCAUGGUGUCAGAGAAUGAGUUGCAUUUGAUACCCAGGUUUAUAUAGAGUACAAACACCUCUGUGGGAUGAAUUCACCCAGACUUGGUGAUACAGUAGCAAUGAGGUUUUCUAUUUAUUUUCAGCUGUGUUGUUAAGAAUGUGAAGCCUUUUUUAUUUCAUUGUUUAAGUUAUCAUAGAACCAGCCUUUGUUCCUUUGAUUCCCUUUGUGUUACCUUUAAAACUGUAUUAUAGUCUUACAUUGUUUUAAUAUUUGUUUUUAUGUGCCAGUAUGAACACAGUACUUGCUGAAGUAAAAGUUUAAAAAGGUUAUCUGUAAGGGAUAUACCACUUUUUUCGUUUUCUCUUUGCAUUCUAAAGAAUUGUAAUUUUAAAAGAACUGUAUUGCCUUUUUCAUUUCUGUUUUAUUUGCAUUUCAUUUGAGGCUUUGCUAGAGUAUUCAGGGUCUCUGGCACAAUAUGAGAGAAGUGCAGUCCUUGUAAUGCAUAUACAAGCACAGUGAAUAAUUUGCAUAUUUAUUUAUUUAUUUGUAUUUAAUAUUCAAAUGUAUGCUUGCACUUUAUUUUUUACUUUGUAACUAUAUUUGUUGUAAUGUUUGAAAAUGUGUUUUUGAAUUGAAAAUAAACCCGUAAAAAGAAAAACUUAA